UCUAUUUUUGUUUCUGAUUUCCAGCAUCUGCAGUUCUUUUGAUAUUGUUUACGAAAUAAUGGGGAGCUUGGUAUAGAGCUAGUGACUGUAAACAGUAUGGAACUGGGCAGAGACUGUAACUCCAGUAACUAGUAGGGAUUUGGGUAAAGAGAUGGUAACUUCAGUAACAAAUAGCGGCUGGGUACAGAGACUGUAGCCACAGAAACCAACAGGGAAGAGGAAACACAAAUUUUAUCUACCUACAGCAAUCAUUAGGGAGCUAGAAAAGAGACUCUAACUACCUGCACCAACCAAUUCAGAGUUGUGUCUAUGGACUGUAACCACCUACGGGAACCAAUAGGGAAUAAAGAACACAACUGUAACUACCUAAAAUACCCAAUAGGAACUGAGUGGAGAGACUGUAAUCACCUACAGGUAGCAUUAGAGAGCUGGGUUGUCACUGUAACUACCUGCACCAGCCAACUGGGAGCAGGACAGAGGGGACUACAGACACCCAUAUGGAGCUGAGUAUAGAGACUGUAACUACCUGUAGGAACCAAUAGGGUGCUGGAUACAGAGACUGUAUGUACCCACAGGACCCAAUAGGGAAAUAAUAGCAAAUUCCUGUGUUGGAAAUCUGAAGAAAAACAGGACUUGCUGGAGAAACUCUGCAGGUCUAGCACCGUCUCUGCUGAGAACAGUGUUAAUGUUUCAAGGCCAGUUUGACGUCUUUGGAGCAAAUACUGCUGUAUUGAGCUGGGCACUGAGGACAGAGACUGAGAGACUGCGUCAUGCUCCAGAUUCCUGAGUUCCCUGCCGAGCACAAGGACAAUGCAGACUGAAUCCCUCUUACACAGCGGCUACUCUCACCCUCUGCUCCGUGCCUGGCAGACCUGCACUGCCACCUUCAAUGCAAGCAACCUCAUCUACCCCAUCUUUGUAACUGAUGAUGCCAAUGCGGACGAACCUAUCGCCAGCCUCCCAGGACAGGCCAGGUAUGGUGUCAACAAACUGGAAGAGAAGCUGAGGCCCCUGCUGAACGAUGGCCUUGGUUGUGUGUUGAUCUUUGGAGUUCCAACUAAAAUCGCUAAGGAUGAGAGGGGGUCUGGAGCUGACUUGGAGGAUACACCAGUCAUCCUGGCCAUUAAAAAGCUGCGGAAGAUGUUCCCAACAUUGGUAAUUGCCUGCGACGUCUGCCUCUGUCCAUACACGUCCCACGGGCACUGUGGAAUACUGCGGAAGGAUGAGACAUUGAAUAAUGAAGCAAGCUGCCAGAGGCUGGCAGAGGUGGCACUGGCGUAUGCCAAGGCAGGAUGCCAUAUUGUAGCUCCGUCAGAUAUGAUGGAUGGCAGAGUUGGAACAAUAAAACAGGCUCUGAUUGCCAAUGAGCUGGGAAACAAGGUUGCAUUGAUGAGCUACAGUGCAAAGUUUGCUUCAUGUUUUUAUGGACCUUUCCGUGAUGCUGCCCAGUCUAAACCAGCCUUUGGAGAUCGGAGGUGUUACCAGUUGCCACCAGGUGCCAGGGGACUGGCGAUUCGAGCUGUGGACCGUGACGUGCGUGAGGGAGCAGAUAUGCUGAUGGUCAAACCAGGAAUGCCGUACCUGGACAUCGUCCGAGAGGUGAAAAACAAACACCCCUCAUAUCCACUAGCAAUUUACCAUGUCUCAGGAGAGUUUGCGAUGCUGUGGCAUGGAUCACAGGCGGGAGCGUUUGACCUUAGGACAGCUGUCAUGGAGGCUCUGACCAGCUUCAGGAGGGCAGGUGCUGAUAUCAUCAUCACGUACUAUGUGCCACAGAUCUUGAAAUGGCUGAAGGAUAUUUAAUGCAGCCUCCACUGGGAUACAGAAUAUACAGGGUUAAGCUUUAAACUAUUCCCGCAGACCGCUUUCUCCUGUUCAUGUAUGCCAUGUCCCCCAUUCACCCCUCUCCCAUGCAACAUUCCUGUUCACUUGCUCCUUCCUUUUUUGUUCUUGUCUACUAUCACAGCUGAUAUUAUACCAAAAACAUGCUUUUAAACCCGUACUCUUGUGCUAGACCAAAAAUGGAUUUUUACAGAAAUGUUUAGCAUCUUUUCUGAUGUUUAGUUACAUAACGUGUGUAAAUUGAAGAGAAAGUGAGAAAGUCAAUGAAGUGAGCUGUAAGUGGUUUAAAGAUUGUUCAGCUGAUUAUUUAGUUGAUUGACUGUAUUUAUGUUCAAGUGUCUGAUUUUUAAAAUAUUGGAUCUGUUGUGCAUUGCAAGCACACAGAGCAUCAGGGAUCUUAAACUAAAUAAAUUGACAGAAUUUGUGAAUAAAUCAUGUGACAAAGAUUUUAUUGUAACCGCUGUUGCCAUGUGCCUUUGAUGCGUUCUGACAUGCAUUAUCAAUAUUAACUAUAAUUGAAAUGUGAAACCCUGUGAAUAAUUGCAAAUUAAAUAGAAUUUUCUGUUUUAAUAAAACAAA